CGUCGAUCUGUGCACUGACUGCAUGAUCAAACUGACUAUAUACAUCGCCGCUUGUAUUUCUUGCUGUUCUUUACCUUACUAACUGAAAAGGACCUACAGGACUCUCAGUGAAUAUUUGUGUCUGCUGCUAAAGUUCAUGUUCCGCCAAAUUAUCAGAAAACUACCUCUUCGGGUCACCGGCAGAAACGCAUCACUGAAUCCCAUCAACAACAUCCAACGAACUAUGGCAUCUUUAAACAAACCCUUUACCGACCCGUCUAUGAAACAGUUUAUGGAAGAUUUUCAUAAACUCAUGAUCAGUGAAGCCAUAGAAGCGGAGGAGGAUGUGAACAAUAAAGUUUGUAACUUUGUCCAACCACAGGAAUUAGAGAAAUUACUUGACCUUGACAUUCAAGAAGGUCCUACUUCAAACGACCGAUUAUUGGAGUUGAGUAGUGACCUUAUCAAGUACAGCGUUAAAACAGGUCAUCCGCGGUUCUAUAAUCAGUUGUACAGUGGUAAAGAUCCUUACAGCAUGGCAGGGGCGUGGCUAACUGACGCCCUCAGUACCAAUCUGCACACAUAUGAAGUAGCCCCUGUUUUCGUUAUACUGGAGAAAUACAUGAUGAAGAAAAUGUGUUCCGUUUUUGGAUUUCCAAACGGCGAUGGUGUUUUCUGUCCAGGUGGAUCAUAUUCCAAUAUCUUGGCACUUCAUGUCGCAAGAUACAAGUCCAACCCUUCACUUAAACAGACGGGGAAUUUCGGUUCGAAGGUCAUGACAAUGUUCACUCAUACAGAUGCACAUUACUCUCUGGCCAAAGGCUCCAGUUUUUUAGGAAUGGGAAUGAACAAUCUUAUCCGAGUCGAUACAGAUGAUAUUGGGCGAAUGUGUCCCGAAGACCUGGAUAAAAAGCUCACAGAACAGAAGUCAAAAGGAACACAACCCAUUUUUGUGAUGGCGACCUGUGGUUCGACCGUUCUCGGAUCAUAUGACGACCUAAAUGCUGUAGCCGAUGUGUGCCAGAAACACGGUGUUUGGAUGCAUGUCGAUGCUGCCUGGGGAGGAAGUGCAAUUUUAUCUGAUAAACACCGGGCACUGAUGAGUGGAGUUGAAAGGGCAGACUCAGUGGCUUGGAAUCAGCAUAAGAUGAGCGGUGUUCCCGUCCAGUGCUCAUCUCUUCUAAUGAAAGAGAAGGGACUUCUGGAACAAUGCAAUUCCUUCCGAGCAGAAUACCUCUUUCAACCCGACAAAUGUUAUGACACCUCGUAUGAUAUUGGUGACAAAACGAUACAGUGUGGACGAAAAGCUGAUGUGCUUAAACUCUGGAUGCAAUGGAAAGCUUAUGGUGACAAUGGCAUGGCAGCUCGAGUGGAUCAUGCCUUCGAAAUGGCAAAAUACUUGACACAAAAGGUUAGAGAAACAGAAGGCUUCCGGCUUGUCUUACCUGAGUUUCAAUGUACGAACAUAAGUUUCUGGUACAUUCCACCACGACUGAGAGGCCAACAAGAAAACGAUGAUUGGUGGAAGGAAGUAGCUAAGGUGGCACCACAAAUAAAGACAAAGAUGAUGAUGGAGGGAACAAUGAUGACCGCCUAUCAGCCCUUGUCUAGCAAAGGACUGGUGAACUUUUUCCGGAUAAUAAUAGAAAACCCGCUUUGUGACACAGCCGGGAUGGACUUCAUAGUGCAGGAAAUAGAUCGACUAGGCCGCAGUCUCUAAUAAGAUCGACUAGGCCGCAGUCUAUAAAUAGAUCGACUAGGCCGCAGUCUAUAAAUAGAUCGACUAGGCCGCAGACUAUAGAGUAUCAUCUAUCGGAGACAUACAUUAUACAUAUACCAAUGCGUUAGCACAUCGUUGGUUCGUUUUUACCUACUAAUCAGAGGUGGAUAUUAUUUUGUGCCAAUAUCAAUUAGUGUUUAGAAAAUUAUCUAUUUAUUAUAUUAUAUUAUAUAUUAUAUGGAUAACUUGUGGUAGCAGUUAGUAUAUUCCAAGUAUAUGAUGUCCGUGUAUUACUAACUUAGAUAUACGUGAAAUAUUUAUGACAAUUGUGCUCUUAGAGCAAAUCAUGUUUAAUCAGUGAAACAAAAUCUGAUUUUCAAAAUAAUAAUGGCUUUUAAUAAAUAUGGCGUCAAUUUUUUUCUGUCCAAAGCCCAAAAUCCAAAUAAGUUAUUCUACCCAGAAUGGCACAUAUUGAAUUAUCGAAUAAUAAGAAAGAAACAUAGUUCAUUUAACUUGUAUCAAACUUUUAUAAUAAGAAAUAUUUCGUUUUACAUAUGUAUCAGCGGUUGUGUCAAGAAAAUAUCUUAAAAUAUAUCGAUGAAAAGAGAAACGAAACAACAUCUUAUCAUUUUUUUCUCAUUUUUAUUAAAGAAAAGGGUUAGACAAGCGAGUGUCAUGAUAUAGUACGAUGUACUGUCAGACUACUUCAAAAAUGAAAAUGUAAACGACCAAUGAAAUAACAGCAUUCAGACGUCUGAUAGUUUUUUUAUAGCUUUCAGUACUUGAAA